UAACUAAAUCAACUAACUUUGUUUGUUUAUACAUGUACAAGUGACCUUGUUUCAGUAAAAUGCAAAUAAUCCACUCACAAUCGUACUUUUCCGCGAACUUUUCUAACAACUUUAUUUCUGUGGAAGAAGAGGUAAAGAGGCCACCACAACAGGGAGUUAGAUUUUAAACACUUACUUAUAUAAAUCAUAUUGAGGGAAUUGCUAAAAUAUUACUGUCCUAGCUUCCACUGCAUUAAGCUUGAUCAUGGAGGUAAAAUACGAAUCUAGCUUGAUUUCACUGGCAUAUCAAGAAAUCUUGAUUUAAUUGUUAUGAUUAUAUAAACUGAUCUUCAACAAGUUAACCGUUGCACUGACACAAUGUAUUGAUUAUAUCCGGAAUGUUUGGUUGUACCAAUCACGUGAUUUUAUACAGGCCGCCGACCAGGAAGAGUAAACCCGAACUAGGAAGAGAAAACAUGGACAUUGUCGCCUUUCUGAGUUUUAGGCUUUUAUAAGGACACCUUACCAGGAAGAAAAAAAACCAAGCACAUUGUCGCCAUUUUGAGUUAGAAGUGAAAAGUAAAAUGCAAAUAGUCCACUCACAAUCGUACUUUUCUGCGAACUUUUCUAACAACUUUAUUUCUGUGGAAGAAGAGGCCGCCGACCAGGAAGAGUAAACCCGAACUAGGAAGAGAAAACAUCGACAUUGUCGCCUUUCUGAGUUUUAGGCUUUUAUAAGGACACCUAACCAGGAAGAAAAAAAAACCAAGCACAUUGUCGCCAUUUUGAGUUAGAAGUGAAAAGAACAUGAGUGAAAGUAUAUGACCAUGGACAAGAGCUGGGCCCAGGAUGUGUUACGGUGUUAUCUCUGUGAGACCCCGAGCCCCCCUAUGUACUGUGACAAUUGUAAGAAAUAUCUGUGUAAAGCCUGUGAGGGGGAACAUCUCUCUGAUCUAUCCAAAGAACACAAAGUGUUGCCUUUUAAAAAGCAAGGAUAUACUGCUAAAUGUCCAAAACAUUCCUCAAACAUAAGUGCACUUUAUUGUGAACAAUGUGACAUUCCUAUUUGUACAACAUGUCUUUCCUCUGAAGAACACAGCGGCCAUAAAUUUAUUGAAAUAACUAAAAACAUUGAGAACAAGAAAGAAAUCAUUCAAAAAGAUUUACAAGAACUAGAGAAAUCCAUUUAUCCUAAAUACCAAGAGAUUGCAUUCAUUAUCCCAGUCCAAAAAUCUGCUCUGAAUGAAAACUCACAGAAAUUAACAACAGAAAUCGACAAAUAUGGAGAAAACUUGCACAAAGAAAUAGACACCAUUAUCAGAAGCAUGAAAUCUAACGUGGAAGAAAUGGAGAUCAGACACCUGGCUGCUCUAAAUAAACAGCAAGAUGAAAUUAAACAUACCAUUUCUGAAAUCUCACAGAGCAUAGCUGAACUGAAGAAGUUACUGGACUCCAAAGAUGUCAGCCGUGUCUCUGCCUACAAAUCCAGGAAUAAUAAAUUCAGAACAUUGCCUCCUAAACUCACAGUGUCUUUACUAAGAUUUACCCCUCAGAAGAUCAACAAAGAACAGCUUUAUCAACAGCUUGGUUCUCUGCCAGUAUUAUCAAUCAAAACAGAAGAAUAUGGCUACACUCUAGAAUCAUCCGGUGCUGAGUCCUCUCCCCCGGACAGACCGCUCACUGAUGUACCACAGAUAAACACCGAGUAUGAAGUAUUAGACAGUGUGUCCUGCCUGAAUGAUGAGGAAAUUUGGACGUGUGGUGAGGACGAAAUAAUGAGACUCUACAACCUAAGGGGGAAACUAGUGAAGUCAGUCCAAACUAAGUCAGGGGACAGACCAUGGGGCAUAUCAGUGACAAGGAGUGGGAAUCUAGUUUAUACUGAUUAUAAAGAUAGAACUGUGAACAUAGUGAAGAAUAAAAAGAUAAAGACCGUGAUCAGACUACGGGGAUGGAGACCACUUAAAGUCUGUAGUACCUCCUCUGGUGACCUCCUGGUUGUCAUUGACAGUGACAAUAAACAAACAAAAGUUGUGUGUUACUCUGGCUCCACAGAGAAACAAAGUAUUCAGUACAACGACAAAGGACAAUCUCUCUAUUCACCUGGUGGAUACAAUAAAUACAUCAGUGAGAACAGGAACCUAGAUAUCUGUGUGUCAGACGCCGGUGCAGUAGUGGUGGUCAAUCAGGCCGGGAAACUCCGGUUUACCUACACUGGUCCUCCCUCUACUACCAAGGGAUCAUUUAGUCCACGCGGCAUCACAACAGACAGCCAGGGUCGGAUCCUGACAGCAGACUGUGUCAACCACCGUAUCCACAUCCUGGAUCAGGACGGACAGUUCCUCCGCUACAUUGACAACUGUGAUUUACAGAGUCCAUGUGGUUUAUGUGUGGACACCAGAGACAACCUCUUUGUGGCUGAGUUUAACACAGGUAAAGUGAAGAAAAUACAAUAUGUCUAGAACAUUACACAGUAGUGUGACAUUGUUUAUUUGUAUUGUGUGUUAACAACUGACUGUGUGUAUACAGAAUAUGUAUUAGCAUCAAGAUAAUUCACUGUAUUAUAUAAUAGAUUCUUGCCUUUAAAAUAUAUGUCCAUUUAGUUCAUGCCAACAAUACCAUUGUUUUGUUUAUCAUGUUUAUACAUCAUCAUAAUAAUAAACUGUUUAAGAAUAGUGAUUUUAUUGUCAACAAAUUGAUUUUUUAUGCGUUUAAUGUAAAAAAAACAAACAAAAAACAA